UAUAUCCGGCUCAGAUUGCCAUCCCGUCACAUGUUUCUUUCAAUAGGCCGAUUUUCCGGGUAGCCGUAUUUUAAAUAUAUACAUAUUGUAUUGUUCACAUGAACAACGUCGUAACAAUAUUUUAAUGUAUGCCGUUAAUUGACGAAACGAAUACAUACGACAUUAACGGUGGUCUGGCAGGGAUAGGGUGUCAGAGAAUACUACGACAACUUCGCGAUAGGGAUAGGUGGGUGUCGGUAGUGCUUAUAACCAAUGUGGCAUAACAAGUGUCCUCACAACUAGACAUCUGCUUGACCAACGGAGAGCCGUGCGUGACUACAGUCCGAUGCCUACCAACCCUGUGGGUUUGUGAUGUGACUUUGUGCGUUUUAAGAAUUCCUCAGUGUGAUGAAUACGUCUUACUUUUCUAUUAGUUUUUACUUAGUACUUGUGUUUCUGCAGGGGGCAAUAUACGGUGCUAUGGCCUAUAGACAGCGACACCAAAAACGAGUGUCUUGGAGACUCACACUUCUGAGAAAAAUUUAUAAACAGUUCGAUAAUGCUGAGAACCUUCUCAGAAUUAAUGACAGAAGGCAUUCAUUACAGUAUUCUGAAAAUCCAGACAAUAAAGCGAAGAUGUAUUUUGAUAGUUACUCCGACAACCAUUUACCCAGUAUAGAAUGUGCUGAUGAGACCCAGAUACCUUGUCCAACGCCUACAACAGGAAAUAUCUAUUACUGUAUUAGCCGGACAGCCUUUUGUGAUAGCAGAUUUAACUGCCCCUAUGGUGAAGACGAAAAUCCUAUUGCAUGCAUGUUCUACAAACUGAUAGACAUGAAAGUUAAAGAUAUUGAUGACGUCCUCAUGGCAAUGCAGGAAACGCAUGAUACUAGCUGACGGCAUUCCAAACGUGACCGAACUGGGCCUGUGCAAUGUGUCCGAUAAUAUGUGAUUGUCUAUGUCGACACCAGUCUGAUGUAUAUGUUAUCUGGAAACCGUAAAUCACGUGAUUCUUCGCCGUCUUGUGAUUGGUUAUCUGACAUAAAAGAAAAAUAUAAUGACAUACCUCAAUAUGCUUCCAUUGAAUAAUGGAAUGUUUGGUGUGAAAGGCUCCAUAGAUGAAUCAGUCCAAAACAGUCUCACUCAGACAACCAAGUGAUGCUUAUAUCAUCAAACUGAUUAACUAUUCACUAAAACGAAAUUAAUUUGGAUGAUGAAAGUUAAUCGAUGAAAUAUUCAGACGAAUAUAAUCUAAUGAAAAUAUCAUGAAAUAGCUUUGUUCCCGUUACACUACCAUUCCUAUUGUUUUUGAAUUAUUCUUCUUACUGAAAUAAAUUGUUGGAAAUUCUGUAGAACAACCUAUUGUAACUUCAGGCUCAUCAACAGUUUUGUUUUGUUACAAAUGUAUAAUGAACUGAUGAAAUGUUUAUGUUGCGUGAGAGUGUUUGUGAUAGAAAAGUCUCUAUUGUGCCCUUCAGAGGCAGCCAAGUGAGUAGCAUAUGCUGUACCGUAUGUAACUAGGUGUAACAACGUGAUCAAUGAAAUUGUCGGAUAUACAUCUCAAACAUAUUUUUUCCUGGUUGAAUAAAGAUAAUGCCGUUAUCAAUGGAA